CCUUCCCGAAAAUACACUUCCGGUUUAAACUUGUAAACAAAAUGUAAGGCAAAAAACAAAGAUCCUACCUAGUUGCCAUGGAUAAUUCGGAUCAAGAAUCAUCGACAUUAUUACUGUCACCAUCAGAAACAUCUAAUGCGCCAAAAGACAGACUCAAAUUUGUUUAUGCAAUAUUUUAUCUACUGGGAAUUGGGACUAUGCUUCCAUGGAACUUUUUUAUUAAUGGAAAACAUUAUUUUAUGUAUAAACUCCGAAAUACCACACUGCCUACAAAUUUUACACACUAUGAUGAACCGAAAUAUGAAACGGAGUUUCAAGUCUCAUUUGAAAGUUAUUUGGCUAUUGCAGCCAUGCUUCCAACUGUCCUGUUUAUGUUUUUGAACGCCGUUGCAACUAGAUUAAUCCGUUUACGAAUUCGUAUGGUAAUAGCAGCAGUUACAAUGAUAUUAAUUUUUGCUGUUACACUUACUUUUGUUAUUUUGGACACUGAUCGUUGGCAAGUUGAAUUCUUUGCUAUAACUUUGGUCUGUAUUGUAAUAAUGAAUGCUGCCAGUGCAGUGUUGCAAGGCGGUGUUUUUGGCCUCGCGAGCAUGUUUCCACCAAAGUAUUCUCAAUCAGUUAUGGCUGGACAGGGAAUGGGAGGUACUCUAGCAGCUGUAGCUAAUAUAAUAAGUAUAGCAGCAACCAAGAAUGCCUCGCAAAGUGGUCUAUUUUACUUUACGAUUGCGCUAGUUGUUUUAUUGAUGGCGCUUGUAGCUUAUUUGGUUCUUCCCUGCAUUAAAUUUGCCAGAUAUCAUACUGAUAGAAAUUUUCGUCAAACAAUUUCGUCGAAUGAUGAGGAUAAUACUGUCGACACCAGCGAAGAUUUAAAUAGUAUUAGCUUUUCUGGAAGUAAUUCAACGCCCUUGCUACGAGUCUUUCGAAUGAUUUCCAAAUACGCGUUUAGCGUCUCAAUUAUAUUCUUUGUGACUUUGGCCUGCUUUCCAGCUAUAACUUCGUCAAUAGCUCCCGCAUUGAGAAAAGAAGGAAAUAGGACAGUAUUAGUUAAGGAUGAAUGGAGACGCAAAUAUUUUACUCCAGUUAUCUGUUUUCUAUUGUUUAAUGUUUUUGAUUUAGUUGGGCGAACAAUCGCUGGGUUUUAUCAAUGGCCGAAAUUUAAAAGCAAUUUGCUACCACUAUUCUGUAUUCUUAGGAUUGGUUUCAUUCCUCUUUUUGUCUUCUGCAACGUUCAACCACGACUCUAUUUAGUCACCUAUCUAUUUCAAAACGACGUCGCCCCAGCCGUCAUCAUGGUUUUUUUUGCGUUGUCAAAUGGAUAUUUAUCGACGCUAUGCAUGAUGUACGGACCAAUGAAUGCUAAUGAAGAGGAUGAAGAAACAGCAGGGGCUUUGAUGCCUUUUUUCUUAGCAUUAGGCCUAUCAGCCGGUUCUUUUUUCUCUUUUUUAUUGUUACAUUACAUGAUUUAAUCGAAUAUGCUCAAAAUCGUUUUGUUAAAUUCUAACUCUUUUUCUGUCAGUAGAAAAGACUAUAAGAAAGAAGCAGAUACUCUACUUGAAAAUAAAAUAUUAAAUAAUUCCUAUUUAUUCAAUAAUAUUCUAAUCAAAUAGUAGUUUUUUUAUAUUUUAUCCAAAGAAUAUCAUGAAUUUUUAAUAUAUUUGCAAAUGUCUUUACUGCUAUAAGACAGUAAAACGUUUUAAAAGAACAGUAUUUCUUUAUUUUAUUAAUGUUAUCAACAACAAAAAAAAACUAUAAAAGGCAGCUAUUAUUGGAAAAAAAAUAGAAGGAAAAA